AUGUUUAAAACAGGAAAACGCCCAACAACAUUGGGUGAAGAAGUUGCUAAUAACGCAGAGUUAUCUGAUGCCCUAUCGACUUUAGAUAUUUGCUUCGAAAAAGCUAAGAAUGAAAUAUCAAAGGAGUCAACUUUAUCCUCUCAGAGCUCAUCUGAGCCAGGAGAGGAUUCCUUUCUUCCGUCAUAUUCAUAUUUGACUGAAAUUUGCAGACUUCUGACAACGAGGAAGGCAUAUAGAACAGAUACAUCAAGUAAAACAGGUAAAACUUUGAAAUAUCGUGUGAAUGAAGCCAAAAUAAUAAAAUCCUUUUGGUAUUAUUGUAAUGCGAAAACACAUAUAUUGAUUGAAACUUUUGUAGAGACCUAUGUGAACCAAAUAAAUGAAUAUCUUAAUUCAGAGAAUGGUUCGCAACUACUGAACAUAUGGGAAAAGUUGUACAAAACUUUUUCUUCAUGGUUAAAAAUAUUAUACCCUAUAAUAAAUUACGUACCAUCUAAUUAUUUGCAAUUGGUACCAGAGUACAGGAAACAAGGAAGUUAUUUCACAUACAUUUUUGGAGAAUUAGGUCACCUACUGGCGGAUAGACUUGGUGAAAAAUUAGGACCUUUCAUAACGUAUUGUCUACAAGUUUUUUUAGAUAAUAACAUUUCUUAUUCUACCGUCAUUAAAGAAGGACGAAUUUAUUCAUUUGCAUCUCUAAAAGUUGCUGAUACAGUAGUUGAAAAUAUGCCGUUCAUUACUUAUUGUCAAAAUGUUACAAAUAAAUAUAUGGAACAGCACUGGUGUCUAAAUGAUUUUAAAACCAAUCCACAUGGAACCAUAACUAAAGCUAUACAGAAAUACACUACUAUUUCAGUAUUGCUUGACCUUGAUACGGACGAUAACCUUUAUGGGGAAUAUUUCAAAACCACGAUAAUGGCCGAGAAGAAUAUUUUGAAUUUGAUGUGUUCCUUUAAAAAAUCAAUUACGAUAAUAUAUCCCCAUUCUACAGAUUCUAUGGAGCUUUUGCAAUGGGAAACAAUUCGAAAAUUUAUCGAACUAGCAUAUAUAAAAUAUUCGUCGAUGGAGGAAUAUACUAAGAUUGUGCAAAGACAAAUAAGAAGUGAUUUAAAGAUUGCGUAUGGGAAAACUCAUAAUUUGCAUACACUAUUUAGAACACUAUAUGAUUUGUUUACUCUUUUCUCUUAUACGCCAAAGUUUAUGGAUGAAAAUAUUCUUAUUGAACUCCGAGAUCUACUAGGUGGGCCUUUGAAAGUUGCUGAAGCCUUUUUGAGAUAUUGUGAAUUAACUAUCCGUAGGGCCGAUUUUGGAUUAAAUAACAGCAACAAACACGACAAUGAAGAUAUAAAUGAGUGUAAAAACUUGGUGUUAGCGUUGUCUUCCUUUUUGAAGCUUGAUGAUACAUUUUUCAAAUUAUUCAAGAGAUCAUGUUUUAGAAGAAUAAUCAUGAAAGGUUAUAGUAAUAUGUCCAACAUAGGUAAAGGAGAUUCCUUUGAACGUUAUUUAGUUCAACAUUUUGAGACAACUUUCCAUCAUUGCGAUGAAGUGAGUAAGAUAACUGCACUUUACAAAGAUGCUUUGGAUACGUAUCAUUGUUCUUCUGCCUACAUGCAGGAUCAAUUACAGAUGAAUAGGAAAGAAGAAUCAAACUCUAUACAUAUAGAAGCGUUUGUCUUUGGUAGGGAAAAUAUCCCAGUUGAAUUUCAAGAUAAUAUAUCUGAAACCAUUACGUUACCAGAAGUUUUCGAAAAGGAAUGGACCAACUUUAUAGAAAGAUACAAGGAAAAUAUUAAGAACUCUGAAAUGAAAUCAAUAAUUCCAGUAUACCCAUUACACCAUUGUGAACUAUCGUCUCCUUUCAAUUUACCAAAUGGUGAAUCUCUUCUCUUCGAUUUAACACUUUUCCAAACUUGUGUUAUCCUACAAUUUAAUGAUAUUGAUGAGCUAUCUUUCGGGGAGAUUCAACAUAAUUUACAAAUGAAGGAAGAAACGUUACGUCUAAUAUUGAAAUCGUUCAUUGAUAUGAACUUAUUAUUAAAGAUUAAAGAUGUAUAUAAAUAUAAUGAGAACUUUCAAUAUGAUAUAAAGAAAAUUAAAGAUGGGAAAUUACGCAUUCCAAUACCAAGAAUCUCAUCAAGUGGGUCAUCAUUAAGUAGUAGAUCAUCGUCAGAUUUAUUAAGGCAUAAUGAAGGUUCGACGGCACAUUGGAAACAAGAAUUGCUGAAAGCGUGUAUAGUGAGAUCUCUUAAACGAGAUAGAGAAGGGAUGAACUACGAUAAAUUGUUCAAAAUAGUUGAGUCUCAAAUGAAAGGAUUUAGUAUAGGUGAAUUUAAGGAUGCAUUAAAGAUCACCGUUCAGGAGAAACACAUUACUUUAACAGGAGAUGCAUAUAUCUAUUAA